UCGCGGCGCCCUCUCCUGCGGGAGGGGGAGGCGGCCGGGAACUACAUUUCCCAGGCGGCUGUGGGGCAGCGGCUGUCGUGAGUCCCCUCCCCCUCCCGUGGUCGCUCGCCGGAGUGGCUCUCUGGAGGCAGCAGGAGACGGGACUGCACCCCAAUCCUGUGUGGCUCCCCCAUCCUUCCCUCCCUGAAGGAGACGUAUCCUGGGGACGCUGUCAUUGAUGUGAAGAGUCCAGAUCUCGGGGAGAGAAGGAGCUCUGUCACCGCUCCCCUUGGCCGCUCCUGGUGCCUCAGGUGGGGGAUUGGAGUGUGGUGGUUCAGGGCUGCAACCCCCCUCCCCAAGCCACCUACCUGGGGGCCAUGGAGCGGGUGCAGAUGAUCAACAUCCAGCGGCUGCUGGAGGCGGCAGAGUAUCUGGAGCGAAGGGAGAGAGAGUGUGAGCAUGGCUAUGCCUCGACCUUCCCCUUGUUACCAAGCCCUGGACUGCAGGAUCCAAAGCCAAUGCGGAGGCUGAGCCGGGUGAGGAAACACAGCAGCGGGGGCAGCAGUACAAGCACUGCCAACAGAUCUACACACAACGAACUAGAGAAGAACCGACGUGCUCAUCUACGCCUGUGCUUAGAACGUUUAAAGGUUCUGAUACCACUAGGGCCAGACUGCACCCGGCACACAACGCUUGGGCUGCUUAACAAAGCCAAAGCACACAUUAAGAAACUUGAGGAGGCCGAGAGGAGAAGCCAACACCAGCUUGAAAACCUGGAACGAGAACAAAGAUUCUUAAAGAGAAGGCUGGAACAACUGCAAGGUCCUCAGGAGAUAGAACGAAUACGAAUGGACAGCAUUGGCUCAACCAUUUCCUCUGAUCGCUCGGAUUCAGAGCGAGAAGAGAUUGAAGUGGAUGUUGAAAGCACAGAGUUCUCCCAUGGAGAAGUGGACGAUAUCAGCACAACCAGCAUCAGUGACAUUGAUGAUCACAGCAGCUUGCAGAGUAUUGGGAGUGACGAGGGUUAUUCCAGCGCCAGCGUCAAACUCUCGUUCGCUUCCUAGAACAAAGUGAGACAACAAUGCAGGGCGGAUUAUUCCAUUGGAGUAAUCUGAGUUCAGACUGGGUUCUAGAUGCAGUAUCCUCUUUUAGAAAUGACACGUCAACAAUGACAGGCCUAUAUAUAUGUACCCCCUUGGGCAAUAGGAGUCCUCCAUAGGAACCCAUGUAUGUCCAUUGGGUCAUGUUGCAAAAUCUUGGUUUCCCCUAAUGUAGUGAGACUGAACCCUGGUCCUUCUGAAGUCAGUGACGAAACUCCAGUUGGCUUCAGUGAGACCUGGAUUUGGCCCUUGCAUGAUAAAUUACUUUGCUUUGACUUUGUUUAUUUGAAAGAGGAUACUGGAGAUUCAGCCCUCUCUCUCUCUCGCUCUCUCUCUCUCAAUUUGUCAUGCAAUCUGAGAAACGUCCAGUUUUUCUCAUACUGCAUUCAGAUAGAACAACUUGGUUUAGACCCUUCUGGAACUUCCCUGGUCCGGAAAUGACUCUGUCCUAAUAUUUGAUCACCAUCAGGCAUUAUAGUAACAUAGCAGGAAGUCACAGCAGCUUGGCCAUGAAGAUGUGUCCCACAACCUAUGAAUAAUAAUAGGUGUUCAGUUCAUGCCCAGAGAGAGAGGCAACAGUGAAGAUUGUUCAGGAGAAAUCAUCAUUCAGCUCAACGUUCUGUUGGACAUCAUUUAAAGCAAGUACCUCUACCACAUUGCUAGCACUAGGGUACUAAACUGUAAUCUACCAGCACGUGGCGGGCUGCAUUGUGGAAUGAGGCUGUGAGUCCACACACACACACGCACGCACACACAGAGUUGAGGACAGAAAGAAACCAGUGUGUGGAAAGUCAUGCCCAGAUACUGAGCCACUAUGACCUUUUUAUUUAAAGAUCUUUUGAUAAACGUUUGUAAAUGUGUUGGGAGUAAAAACACUCCAAAUGUGACACGUCUUUUUAGAGCUUGUCCAUAUGAAAUCUUCAGUGUCUUUUAUAAUGGAUUAACGCUACUGAAAAGGUAACUGUUUUGAUGCAGCACUUGACCUGAUGAAACACAAAAAUGCUCUUUGCCGUGCACAACACAAACAAGGUCUGUGCUAGCUUGGAAAGGUCAGGGUUGCUGGGUUUUUUUGGUUUCCUUUUUUGAGAGUCAUUCCCCUUGCAAACUUUGAAGGCACCUGAUCCCCUACAGUAGUCACAGUUCAGUAGUUAAGCUCAGCACUUGUCUCAUCUUAAUGUAACAUUUGGCCUGCGCACAUCCCUGUGCGUAUCCGCUAUCUCACCUAUGCAGGUGCUGUUGCUAUUGAGAGCUAUUGUAUUGAAUAUUUUAUAAUUUUCUUGGAGGUGAGAUUUCUAACGUGCACUUUGAGGGCUUUGAUUUCUUGUGUUUUUUUUUUUUUUUUUUUUAAAUGGUGAGAAUUAUUUUUUUGUUUUCCAAGUUAAAAACCUUCUUACAGAGACCUCACCAAUGGCAUUGUUUGAAAUUUUGUAUACCUUGAAGUAAUUUAACUACCCCUCAUUACUAAGGAAAAAAAUAAAAGGAAAAAAUGCUUUAUAAAAUUUGUAACUUAUUGCUGAUUUGAAUGGGUUGUUAAUUUCAGUCCUGUUGAUUUUUAUUGUUUUUAGGUAGGAUUGGGCCAAAAACAAAAAAAUGAAGACAACCUUAUUUAGCAGUGCAGUGGAAUUGUGUUUAUAUGUUAGAAUAUGGUCCCAUAUUAAAGUAGCACUUUAACACCAUUAAACAUUUAUGGAUCUGAAAUGAAUUGUGUUCCUCCGUCUUGGUUGCUCAUAUGACUUUAGCAUACCCAUCUUCUUUCUUGUGCCUGCAGGAAGAAAAGUGUAUUCCCCUUUAAUCCCGUGAUAAGAUCCUGAAUAAUUCUAAUGUAGAUUGUGUCUAAUUUCUGUAAAUUGCAUGUGUUUGAACAUUCCUAUGUUUCCUAUGUUACCAAAUCCCCCCUGUGAUAUGACAUCAUACAGUAUGAGACACAAAAUCCCUGUUCAUGGAGUGGAGGAAUAAUCUUUCCAUGCUUUGAUGUAUUAUAUCUGGGUUUUUAAUUCUUUGCUUUUUUAAAGCCUGAGUCAGGUUGCUACUCUUACUAAUCUCCUUACACAUGUGCAUAGGUAAUACUGAUUUAGUGUGUGUGAUCAUGUCUCCCUCUAGUGGCUGUCCUCAGCAGGUACACAAACCGGCCACUUAAUGGAGUUUUUCUGGUAGCUGGAUUGGUUGGGGCUUCUUUGUUUUAUUUUCAGGCUGCAUAUCAUGGAAUUGAUCCUUGCUAACAAUUCUAGAACCUGUAUGUAGGCAGCUGUGGAUUGUAACAUGUGUUUAUCAGCUUAAGUCAAUGGGGCUACUCACAUUACUAAGAAGAAAUCAAGUGAGUAAAGACUGAAGGAUCACGCGUGAACUGAUAAUCAUUGACUGAGCCCCCACAACUACCAAUUUUUGCCCAUGCUAGAAUUAUCAACAGCUGGAAUUUAUAUCUGACACUGUUCAAAUGAGCUCUGAUAGUCACCAUUUUGUGGCAGUCUCACUGCAGCAAUGAAAUGGUGGAAAAGAACUUAACACAGACAGAGGCUGAUCUUCAGUUACUGUCAAUGGAAUCUUGUGCUGUUCAGCUUCUCUGGAGAUGAAUCCCACCAGUCACGAUCGCUAGCGAACUCCAGCCAUCCUGCGCAUCCCCACCUUCUGGUUGUUCCUCUUUGGCUGUGUAUUUUUCUGGAUCAAAAAGUACACGACGUGGGCAAUGGUAAAAAGGUGGCUUGGCAAAAAAAUCGUAUUUGAGAAAUAUAAAAGUUAGAGAACUUUAAAAAAAGUGAAAAUGGAUAAAGGAAGAAAAUCACUGUUGGGCAAUCCUGGCAGAGCAGGGUGAUCCCAGAGUGUGUUUUUUGGAACCAAUUUUUCUGAAAGGCUUUCCAGUAAAGCCACCCAUUUGUAUGCCUUUGGGAUCACUUUGCUAUUGGCUGUCAUCUUUAGGAGUGCAGUCAAGGGUCUGGAAAUUUCAAUUCCAAAUACUGCAGCUGGAAGGGAGGGAAAUGUAAUCCACUUGGUAGCUUCCAUCUACGCUGUCUUAAGUGACCCACCCAAUGGAUCGGCAAGUAUCAGGGUCCUAGUAGAGAGAGCCUUUGGAGAACAAACACAAUUAUCCUACAAACCUUUAUAGUAGUAGUUAAUGACAAAAGUUGGCUGUUUGAUUGGGUCCCUUCUAUGGAUUUCAUUGUAUCAGUUCCUUUCACACCUCUGGACAUUAGUGGAAGAUUUGCUAUGCGAGAGAAAUGUUUCCACAGCUGCUUUGUGGUGUUUGUUCAAUCCCUUUUUCAUUGCUUUAAUACUAUAUUGUUAGCACUAGCUUUUCUUUAUAGAUUAUUCUAAAAACUAAACUAACAUUAGUUAUUUUGUUUUGUUGUCAAUCUAGCCUUUUGCAUCGGAAUGUCCAAGACAGCAAAUUGGCCCAGAGAAGCCACCAUAACUGAUUGAGCAGAUCAUCAUAGCUAAUUGGUCCAUACUAUGUAAAUCAGAUUAGGUGAUGGUCCCUUCUGGUUAUAAAACAAAAAAUCAUCUACUUCCUCCCAUUCUUCAGAACUGAGAAAUGCCCCCCAAAGCUUCUGAUUUUCGUACGUUCUCAUGUACUAUUCUGCUAUUACUGAGAUAGCAGUAAUUUCUUCAGCUGGCUUAUGUAAUGCAGUUCUUCCUCAAAGUCUCCCAUUUGUUGUCUUAAGACAUUGUUCGUCCAAAGCUGAAACCUUUGAGCCUUUAGUAUACCCAUCUGUGCUGGCACACUUGGAUGGAACUCCAUGACUGCUUACUGUUCCCGGAGAAUCCACUAUGUCAGAAUAAGACUGUGAUCAAGGCCUUUAUUUGAGUGUUGACAUCCUCAUUUUUUCCCCCUCUGUCUAGUUUUCUGUACUUUAGAAAUCAGAUCCAACCCUCAGAAGAGCAGGAUUGUUCUUUGUACAAGCAGCUCUUUUUCCAAAAAAAAAAAAAAAAAAAGAGAGAGAGAGAGAUUGGAGGACAUUUCAAAUAUUGUCUGUACAGUUAGAAGCAUAGAGGAAGGUGCAGGAAUUUGAAGGGACCAUACAGUUUCCAUAGGUUUGUUAACCAAUAUGAUUAAGCCCAAGUUGAGAAGCUACAGAAAAUCCAUUCCAGAAUGAAUUUCUGCAACAUAAACCCCCUUAAGGCAUUGUCUGAACUCUGUCCCAAAGGUACUUUCCACCCUAGAACACCACAUUUAGUUAUACCCACUCUCUCCUUGAGAGUUGGGUAAUUGAGGCCCUGAGCCUGGAAAACUCCACAGUUUCAGUGCCCAAGACUGUAACUCUGGUACAUGCAGCUCCUUCAAAAGACUUUGUGAAUGAUGAUCCCCAAAUGGCAAAUUAUCAAGGCAUUUUGGUCAAGUAUAAUCUUAAUUUCUAGCAAGAAGUCCUUUCCUCUUUGGAGCAUCAGGCGAGGGUGACCUUUGAUGUUACUGAGGUAUUUGAAUUACAGUAAAAUCAGCAGGAAAGUCUCAUCAGAUGAGCUCUUGCCCAACAAAAAGGUUGAGAGUGAAGCUACAUUUACUUCCUUCAGACUUACUUCAAAACCUUCUGUACUUUCCGUGCCUUAGAGUUCAAGGAUGUGUGUCUCUAGGUGAGGAUGCAUCUCUGAUACGUAUGGUUCAGUGUGGCCUUUUGAGCUGGUGGAGUAUCCAUUUGGGAUCAGGAAUUCUUACAUUGUAGGUUAGUAGCAUAGAUUGGGAGUUGUGCAGUUUGUUCAUUCCUGAGAGGUCUGGCACCAAACGGUUUGGUAUGUCUGAAGGGGAAUCCAUACAGUCCUCCCUGCUGCCAAAAUGGAGUCAAAUAAAGGUGCAGCUUUGAACAGAAGAUAUCAGUUAUCCUACAGGCUCCCCUUCCUAUGACGCCAAUCACAUAAUCCCUUAUUGUCCCUAUAAACAACUGCAUCAUUAUCUCAUUUCUUCUAAAGCCUUAUCUUAUUCCCUUAGAAGCAGAGAGUGAAACUCUCAUUAACUUUAGUGGGAACAGAAUUGAGUCCUUUUUCCAAAGCACUUUAUUCCCACUUUAAUCCAUUUAGCCCCAAUAUCUGCUUUCUGCUUCCCACCACAUGGCAGACACAUUUCCUUAUGUUUCCUUUUCCUCUGUCUAAACUUACCUAUUCUCAUCACAUAGCACUUUGCGUCACAAACGAUCUCUUUGGUCCUCAUAAAAUUGACACGCCGUUCUCCCUGAUGUUUUUCCAGGCUUGUUUCCUACAUAAGGUUAUUUUUUGUUGUGGCAGUUACUUGGGCUUGUAGAUUCCAUGAGCCACACAAUCUCUAGUGCAAGCUCUAAAUCCGUCCUCUACUAAAUUUUACAGAAAUAAGGUGGCUUUCCUUUAAUCAUCCCACCUGUAUUACCCUCGACAUAUGCUGCUUCCCCCAGAAGCUCAUCCUGGUGAGUCUUCUCUGCAUAAAUUAGGUCUCUAAAAGGUGCUACAGAAAAACGUAUUCAAAAGGCCAUCCAGUAUUUUCCUCCUUUUGACACCAGUGUAUUACAGCAUGUCAUCUUGUGUCCAAGAAUGAGUUGCGGGGGAUGACUGGCUUGCAGCAUUUGGUACGGUUACUCUUUGGAGGACUGUCACUCGAAGGUCAUUUUAAAGCCCAUUCCAUUCAAGGUAUAUUAUUGACAGAAGGUAGUCUCAAAGUGAUAUAUCUUGUGAGACCUGUAGAUCGGUAAAAAUGGGGUUAACUUACAUUUUUUUUUUUUUUUAAACCAAAUUUUAUCCUAGACACUCGUAUGCAGAAGAAUUUAGUUCUGGCCUUGUUUGGCAAGGUCUGCUUCUGUGCUGCAAACUCCAGCACCUUGUUGUCUUGUCUUUUCUUAGGUUGCUUGCUGCACUCCAUGCGUAGACCUCAUUUAUGCUGCUCAUUCUUUGAACUACCUUAGGACCUGGGCUGCUCCUAUUGAAAUGAAUGGGAGUUUUCAAAAUUAAAUUAGUGGGAGCAGGAUAGGCCCGUAUCAGUUGCUGUCAGUUGAGAAUAUUUUUUUCAGGAUCAUAACUUUUGUUAUGUUUGAGUUCCAGUAUUUCCCUGGCACCAGGCCAGAGUGAGGGAAACCCCCUCUCCUUGAAACCUGGGAGUAGCUGCAGUCACCAGGGGUGAUCUCCUGACCCCUUAGAAGUCAAUGGCAAGGGGACCAGGAUUUCACCCCAAGAGUAGAGAUGUACAUGAGAAGCUCACCAUUAAAAGAAAAGGUAGGUUGCUUCCUUGAAGCUAAUACAAUAACUUUGAUCCAGAUUUCUGUGUGCACCUCCUCUUGAAAUAUGGGCUUUGCCUUAUCUGACUAGCGGGACAGAGAAAUUGAGGUUCUGAUGUAGCAUGGAAGGGUGUCUACACAGCAAAGAAAAACCCACAGUGCCAAGUCUCAGAGCCCAACUCACUUUUCUUGGGCUGUGGGGCUAAAAAUAGCAGUGUGAAUGUUCUGGCUUAGGCUGGAGCCUGGGCUCCGAGCUCCUCCCCACUCACUGGGUUUCAGAGCCCAGGCUCCAGCCUGAGUGGGAAUGUCUACACUGCUGUUUUUAGCCCUGCAGCGCGAGCCCAAGUCAGUUGCCUUGGGCUCUGAGACAGUGCUGUGGGGUUGGGGUUUUUUUGUUUGUUUGUUUUUUUUUGCAGUGUAGGGACCGUAGACGUAGAGUAUAUUAUGUUUGCUCCCGCAGGUGGAGAGUUCUAGAAAUGUUAACCUGGGGAUGCACAGUGUGCAUCUUGUGUGCUGGAAGGCUGAUAACUAGGGCCCUACCAAAUUUACGGCCAUGAAAAACGCAUCCUGGACCGUGAAAUCUGGUCUUUUAUGCACUUUUACCCUAUAUUGUGCAGAUUUCACAGGGGAGACCAGCAGUUCUCAAAUCGGGAGUCCUGACCCAAAAGGGAGUUGUGGGGGUCGGGUCGCAGUAUUGCCACCCUUACUUCUGCGCUGCCUUCAGAGCUGGGUGGCUGGACAGCAGCAGCUGUUGGCUGGGCACCCAGUUCCGUGCUGCCGCCGGCGGCAGUUCUGCCUUCAGAAGUAAGAGCGGCAGUACCCUACCAGGCCAUCCUUACUUCUGGACUGCUGCUGGCGACGGCUCUGCCUUCAGAGCUGGGCUCCCGGCCAGCAGCCACCGCUCUCCAGCUGCCCGGUGGCGCUGCCAGCAGCAGCCCAGAAGUAAGGAUAGCAGUACUGCAACAUCCUCCCACUCGCCCCCAGAUAACCUUGCAACCUCCCCCCCAGCUCCUUUUUGGGUCAGGACUCCUACAAUUACAACACCAUGAAAUUUCAGAUUUAAAUAGCUGAAAUCAUGAAAUUUACAAUUUUAAUGACUAUGAAAUUGACCAAAAUGGACUGUAAAUUUGAUAAAGCCCUACUGAUAACCCUCCCAGUGCUCCUUUUUUUAAUUUUUUUUAUGGCAGAGUAGAGAGAGCCCAACACACACGCACACCAUCAAAAAAAACUCUGCGACACUCAAACAAUUCUGUUGAGCAACUUCUGCUAAACUCUGACAAACAGGUUGCUAUGGAAAAGCUCCAGCGAUCCCGGUGAUCUUUGUUCUUGUACAUUGCCAUGUCUUGCAUGCUCUGUGAAAUGUAGCUGGUAGGAUGAAUUUCAUGUUUAUGAGCCUGUACAUUGUCCUUCGCUGACCACAUCUUUCUCAGCUGGCUCCUAGAAUUCUACAUCCUUCUUAUGGGUGGAUGGAGCCAGGUGACUGCUGAUUCCCUACUGCUGUAGGAAAUAGGACUGAUGGGAUGUGAGAGGGGCCAGCAAACAUUGAGCGUUCUGGUUUUGAAAACAUUGUUCAAUUGAAUGAUCAUUUUACAAGAACCGGAUCUUCCUGUUUUAGGGGAGGAAGUUCCUGCAUCAGAAAUGAAUCCUUUCCACCUAGCCUACCCUUUAGUGCUUCCAGUUAGGAGUCUCUCUUUAUACUUCUCUUUUGCUGUCAUUUAAGAGCACACCUCUUGACUUUCUUGGGAUCACAUGAUGAUGGUGGAAAAAUUCCGUAAUCUGCAAGUUUGUUCCACUGCACAUGAACACCAUAUUUGCUAAAAGGAGGUUGCAUGAUCUAGUGGUCUGAGCACGUCACUGACUCUUUUGGUCUUGGAUGAAUCACUUAAUCUCUCUGUGCCUCAGUUUCCUGAUCUGUAAAUAUAGAUAAUAUCACCCUGCAUCACAGCCAUGUGGUGAGGGGUAAGAUAAUGUUUGUACGGUGCUUCGAACAUACAAAGUACUACACAGGGAGGGGGCAGCGCUAAAUGUUACUUUGUUAGUCUGUUCAGCUAGUCAAGUGACAGUGAUUGGUGUCAGCAUAUUUCUAGGUGAUUUAGAAUCUAUACUAAGAAACAUCUGGUAGCUGUUACGAGUUUGUGAAGUGUACUCAGAAAUGCUGGAACAAUACCGUGUAAGUGGAUCAAAAAUUAAGCAAGCACAGUAGAAGAGAGUAAAAACCUAUAAGCCCCAUUAAUUCAAACUCUAUGGGCAGUAGUGUGGAGUUUAAAGCAUAAGGUUAUAUGGAACUUCCCUUCUUCAAGCCCUAGUUUAUUGACCUAGAGGACACUUUCACAUUUCCCAAUACAUCUGACCAAGCAAAGGACCCAAGAGGGCAACAUAGCUAUCUUCAGAUCUUGUAUUCUUCUCUGUUCUGCCUUUGACUCCAAUUCCUGUGAAAACAAAUGUUACUGAGACAGAAGACCCAUUUUUCUAAAUCUGCAAGAAAAUAGGCCAAAUUCAUCCCUUCUAUAACACACCCUGGAGAUUAACAUUACAGCAGGGAUGAAUUUGGCCCAGUCAGAUAAUUGUGACCUCCAAGAACAUUUGCAAACUAUCCCAUUUAGCGGUAAAGGAGAUGAAAGCCAAAGAAUGGACAAUAGAAGCUGAUCUUCAUGGUUGUUUUAACGUCACAAUCGUGGUUUCAACUUCCACACAGACUUCAAAGUAAUAGAUCACGUAGAGUACUUGCUUUGGGAUACUAAUAUUCUAGCAAGCAACUCAUAGCAUUCACUGUAGUUGUGUUUAGAAAAGUUUCCAUUUAAUCCUCUCCUCAAAACUGUAAGUUUCUGAAGUCCUCCCCCGCCCCCGCCUCCAAUUUUUUGGCUGUGUGGUCGGUUGGCUGUUUUGGGGGUAUUUGUUUUUUGGAAGUUUGAGAAAAAUCCCUUCAGCUCCUCUGGAGUGAUGUGAGGGUGCAAAAAUAUACACUUAUUGCCUUGUAAAAAGAAACAUUUGAACCACACUUCAACAGGGUUGCUGCAAAAGCACCUCGAGUUUGAACUGAGCAUGGGCAUAGUCUCCCUGAGGAGUAGCGCCUUUGCUGAGUCUGGGAAGAGGAAGCAAUUUUUAGACCAAAGUGUUUGAAAAAUUAUUUCCAAGCAUGUUCCAUCAACAACUGUUUUCGUAGAGCUUUGCACCUCCUACGAUAAACAUUCUCUCUGCCUAACUUGACCAAGUGAUUGUCAUAAGGUAGGUUAAACAUUGAGCUUCAGCUAUGUGCUAGUGUCCCCUUAUAAAAUGACACACCAUCCAUAAGAUUUUGCUUUUUAAACAUCUCCAGGGGGUUAAUUUUGUAUUGAUGUUUUUACACUAAAAAUACAUUGCUUAAGCAGAUUGCUUGUUAACAGCAUGAUGAUAGAAGCAUAUAAUUUAGUAUAUUACACAAACACUUUGUUUGGAAAUGUUGAGUUUAAACUAACCCGUUUAGAGAUCAAAUAAAAGAUUUUGAUAAGCAGGUAUAAGAACAUAAGACUGGCUGUAAUGGGUCAGACCAAUGGUCUAUCUAGCGCAAUAUCCUGUCUUCCGACAGUGGCCAAUGCCAGAUGCUUCAGAGGGAGCGAACAGAACAGGGUAAUUUGUCGAGUGAUCCAAUCCUGUCGUCCAAAGCAAGUAUAAGAACAUAAGAAUGGCCGUAGUGGGUCAGACCAAUGGUCUAUCUAGUGCAAUAUCCUGUCUUCCGCCAGUGGCCAAUGCCAGAUGCUUCAGAGGGAGUGAAAAGAACAGGGUAAUUUAUCAAGUGAUCCAUCCCCUGUCGUCCAGUCCCAGCUUCUAGCAGUCAAAGGUAUGAAAGAGCAAUAUGAGCACCAAGUUAUCUAUAUUCUAGCAUGACUUGUUUGAAGGGAGAGAAACCCUAUUGUCCUAUAGUUACUAUUUCAGUGAUCAAGACACACGUGAGUUAGAUGGUUAGAAAUAUCUUGUGAAACUAAGUGCUGAAUAAAACUGGUUGAGAAAUGUCAAUGAACAAUAAACAUUUGCCAUCUUUUUCCUUUUUCCAGCCAGCUCUAGUGCUGAACUUAAUUAUAAGAUGAAGAAGGUCCUUCCUUGUAUUUACAGACCUCUAAGUCAAGUGACAAUCAAACUUCGGCAGUUAGAAAACAAAGGAAUGGAUGUGUAUCCGGACCAUGAAAUUUACAAUAGUCAAUAUGAUUCCCCUAGGCCCUCAGUGCUUUGUUCUCAGUAUUUGAAGCAUCUGACAAAAAUGCUUAUCUGUUUGUUUUAUUUUUAAAAACUCAGCUGAUGUGAGGAUAGUAUUGUCCUCCACAGAAUUUAAAUUUGCUGUUCUUUCCGAAAACCAGUGAUGCAUUUAGAGCUAAUGGGAGUUUUUCCAUUAACUUGGGAGGGAAAUAAAAGUGGGCUCUUACUAAUACAGCAUAAAUAUUUCACUUUUCUCCCUAUGUACAGAGCCAUCUCUCUGAUUUGUGAGUCAAGUUUGUGCUGUUAUAAUUUUCCCAAUAGGUUACAAUCUGCAUGUUAGAAUCUGUUUGACUGUACUAGAUUACGGGUUUCCUGUAGCAAUUUGUGCUUUAAGAUGGGAAACAUACAGUCCCUCAUGUGUCAGCAUAAUGAUAUCUUACUAUUCUGGAGAUGCAGUUUGGAAAUUAAAUGUGUAUCCUUUGACAAAAAAAUAUUUUUCUAAGGUGUAUCUAACUUAAUGUGACUUUAUUUGUGAUUGUUGCAGUGUACAUGAGGUUUUUUUCUAAGCUCCCGUGAACGUUUUAUUUUUUGUGCUGUAACUACAUAGGUGCUAUAGCCACUUGCUACUCUGAGAAAAAGAACGCCACACAAUUGAUCGGUGCUGACUCAUAAAAGCCAGUCUUUGAAACAAUACACAACUGCUGACCCCAUCUCUGUUUAUAACAUGGGGAUGGUGCUGCAAAGAUGUUGCAUUUUUCAUGAUUUAAAAAUAAUUUUGUUUGUGGAUAUCUGUAUUAACUUGUUUAAAACAUACAAAUAAAUUUUAUGAAAUUUUA